AUGAUCGCGUUGCUUUGUGUGGUUGCGACUGCUCUCGCCUGUUGCGGUUCGCAUGUCGAAGCAGGACCUACAGGUCAAACAUAUUCGUUGCUUUCCAGGCAAGACGAACCUGUUGAUAUGGCUAAACCAAAGAACAAUUCAGGGAAACUGUGGCUUAAACACGAGAAGUUUUAUCUCCUGUAUCGUUCUGAAAAAAAUGAUACUGAAUUUGGAGGAGAAGCAAAAUGUGUUCAAAUGAAAGCCUUAAGAUUUGAGCUACCGAGGAAGGAGUACCAGUGGAACACACCCGUUAAGGAACUGAAGGUCUGGAGUAGCGUUGGUUACCGAAAUAACCGAACAGGUCAAAUGGAAGUAUUUACUGUCAUGAUCACCACGAAGAAAUCGAACGAAAGCCUAAAAUACGAUGACAUGUUUUCAAUCGGAGAGGAGACUUAUACACAUUAUCUAUAUAAAGAUUAUGAGCUGCUUUUUACUGACUAUAAAACGUGUUUCACCAUAUGGAGGCCUAGUGAUGAUGUGUACAUGGUGUGGAUGAUUGAUAGGCGUAAUAUUACAGAUAUAAACCCACAGUGCGAAACUGCCUACCACGGCCCUGUCAAUGAGUAUGGCUGCACUGUGGUGAAACCCAAAUAUUAUGUAUACGAUGAGAAGAUAUGCAGUUAAAAAGCCUGUCUUUUAUAUCUGCUUUUAUGUUGAAAUAUACGGGUUUGCAACAAACGUCACAUUGUGCCUGUAUCAAUAAAUUCCAUGAAAGCUUUACAGUAAUAAAAUAGCGAGUGUGCAAUU